CUGACCUGCUACGAGGCCAAACUGCCCAGGUCUGUGGCUGCGUUUCUCAGAAAACCAAAACUAACAGGCAGAUACAAGGCGGUCUCGGCUUAAGGACUCUGCUGAGGGGAGAGAACAUGUCAGCCCAACCUUACAUACUAUCCUGAAUUCUCCAGGAUGCGACGACCAUGGACUUCCUUUCCAGGAUCUAGCCAUCUCAACGCUGAGCCCUUGACUGAACGAACGCUGAGCAGGCUGAGCUGAAGAUUCCUCUCAUUUGCCAGGUGCCAAGGACAAUGACCAGCCAGGGCAAUAAAAGGACAACGAAAGAAGGAUUCAGUGAUCUGAGAUUCCAGAACAUCUCUCUGCUGAAAAAUAGGUCAUGGCCACGCCCCAGCAGUGCCAAAGGGCGGUGUCGGGCAGUUCUGGAACCACUUCCGGAUCACAGAAGGAACUUGGCUGUGGUCGCAGGUGGAGAGAAAUGCAGCAGCAACAACAACUACGAAGACCCUGAGCUCCAGCUGCUGAAGGCAUGGCCGUCGAUGAAAAUUUUACCAGCCAGGCCUAUCCAGGAAUCGGAAUAUGCAGAUACACGCUAUUUCAAGGAUAUGAUGGAGGCUUCCCUUCUGUUACCUCCCAAGGCUACUGUCUCCACUGAGAGACAAGCCAGGGAUGUGGGAAUGAAGCAACAGGAUGAAGUGGAAAUGCCUACCUCCAAGGAUGUCAGAAGCCAACACUUUAAAGGAUUCAAAUACACAAAAGUGAACAAGACUCCUUUGCCACCUCCUCGGCCUGCCAUCACUCUUCCCAAGAAGUACCAACCCUUACCCCCAGCACCACCAGAGGAGAGCAGUGCACACUUCCCUCCAAAACCUACCUUUCCAGAAGUUCAGAGGGGGUCCAGGCAGAAGAGCACAAAAGACUUCAGAAAGGACCUUGGAGCAGAAGAAGAAUCUCAUCACCAGACAAAGCCAGAAUCUUCUUGCCCAUCACUAAACCAAAGCACUCAGAAGAGUCCGCCUGCCAUUGCCAGCUCUUCCUACAUGCCAGGAAAGUGCAGUAUACAAGCCAGAGGUCCUUCCCUCACUCCUAUGAGAGGGUGCUCCCUUCACACAUACCAAGUCUCUACCAGAUCAGACUCAUUCUCUCCCACUGAGGCCCGUACAAGGCAGCCAUGGAGACUGAGCACAUCUGCUACAUAUCUGUCAGACCAUACAGGUAUCAUGCGACACUGUCCUCCUCAGAGAUGCCAAGCUGCAGCCAGCCACAGCCCUCAUAUGCUGCCCUAUGAAAACACAAACUCAGAGAAACCGGUCCCCACAAAGCCUGAUGAGAAGGAUGUUUGGCAGAAUGAAUGGUACGUUGGAGAAUGCAGUCGCCAGGCAGUGGAAGAGGUGUUAAUGAAAGAGAACAAGGAUGGUACCUUUCUGGUCCGAGAUUGUUCCACAAAAUCCAAGGCAGAACCGUAUGUUUUGGUGGUGUUUUAUGGAAACAAGGUCUACAAUGUGAAAAUCCGUUUCCUCGAGAGCAACCAGCAGUUUGCCCUGGGCACAGGACUCAGGGGAAAUGAGAUGUUUGAUUCUGUGGAAGACAUCAUUGAACACUACACGUAUUUUCCCAUCCUGCUAAUAGAUGGGAAAGACAAGGCCGCGCGCGGGGAACAGUGCUACCUCACCCAGCCUCUGCCUCUCGCCAGGCUCCUUCUGACUCAGUCCUGCAGCCAGGCACUUCAUGAAAAUUCAAUUACAGGGAAGAGGAGCAGUGUGAGGAACAAGAGCCCUUGUGAGUACCUGCUUGAAGGCAGACCGCAGAAAUAUGUGGGCCAUGAUGUGAAGUGGCCAGGGGUCCAGACUUCGGCCUACUCUGUGAACCAUGACAUCGAUGGAACUAGCAGAUCCACAGCAAGGGACUUGGAGGAUCCUGGCUCAUCCCAAGCCUAAAGCAGGGACUCGUUCAAGUAGCAGUGAAGACAUUUUUAAUAGUUUAAUGAUGCACUUCCAUUCAAGGGAAGAGAAGAGCUGUCCUCAAACCAGUACUGAUGCGUAUGGCGGCACAGCACAUGGUGAUGCUGUUUCUUCUCAGGCAAAGAGAUUUGCGUGUACCCUUACGUCCUAACACAGAUGCGGCAGUGGACAUUCAAAGAAGUUACUGAUGUCUUUCAGUAUAAGAAGCAAGCCCAGACUGCAGCCCAUUUUGCCUGUUCCAUAUCACUGCAUCAUUCCAGUUAUAUCCUCCACUCUGGGGUGUUUAAAUUGAGCUAGG